AUGUAUGGAACUCAAAGCAGGAGAGACUUGACAUUUGAAUGUCAAGCCCAAAUACCCAUUUUAAGACCAAGCAUUCAUGCCAGAAGGGCAAACAUCACAGUGAAAUUUCAGGAUCUUUAUGGAUUCACAGUAGAGGGAAAUGUUGAUGAUGUCAAUGUGUUGAACGAGGUAAGAGAGAAGGUGAGGCAACAGGGUAGGGUAUGGUGGGCAUUGGAAGCUAGCAAAGGUGCAAAUUGGUAUUUGCAGACUCAAGUCUCAUCAACUCUAACAUCAUCCCUGAAAUUUUCAGUUCUAGUGAAUGCAAUUACUCUCAAGAGGCUAAUUAGGAAGGGAAUCCCACCAAGUUUAAGGCCUAAGGUGUGGUUUUCUUUGUCUGGGGCGGCCAAGAAAAAAUCAACUGUGCCGGAGAGCUAUUAUGAUGAUUUGAUCAAGGCUGUGCAGGAUAAGGUCACUGCCGCAACGAAGCAGAUAGAUCAUGAUCUACCACGGACCUUCCCUGGUCACCCAUGGUUGGACACUCCAGAGGGUCAUGCUACUCUCAGGCGUGUUCUAGUUGGGUAUUCUUUCCGUGACUCUGAUGUUGGUUACUGUCAGGGUUUAAAUUAUGUAGCAGCAUUAUUGUUGCUUGUGAUGAAAACAGAAGAGGAUGCUUUUUGGAUGCUAUCUGUCCUCUUGGAAAAUGUCUUAGUUAAUGAUUGCUACACAAAUAACUUAUCAGGAUGCCAUGUUGAACAAAGGGUGUUUAAGGAUCUGCUGGCCAAAAAAUGUCCAAGGAUAGCCGCUCAUUUGGAAGCUUUGGAGUUUGAUGUCUCUCUUGUCUGCACAGAGUGGUUUCUAUGCCUCUUUUCCAAGAGCUUGCCCUCAGAGACAACCAUGCGGGUGUGGGAUGUUCUUUUCUAUGAAGGGGCAAAGGUUAUAUUUCAUGUAGCUUUGGCCAUUUUCAAGAUGAAUGAAGAAAAGUUGCUUGUGGCACAUCAGGUUGGGGAUGUAAUUAAUAUAAUACAGAGAACAAUUCAUCACCUCUUUGAUCCAGACGAGUUAUUGACGGUUGCUUUCGAUAAGAUUGGCUCCAUGACAACCACCACUAUAUCAAAGCAAAGGAAAAAGCAGGAACCAGCAGUCAUGGCAGAGCUUGAUGAGAGAUUAAGACGGCUAAAUUCCAUAAAUGGGGAUGACAAAUAGCUGUUUUUGCCAAAAGAUCAAAUUGUAAUGUAUCAAACGUCCUAGUCGGGGCAUGCUGCCCCCUUUAAGAGGACAUCAAAAUUGUGCUUUCCUUAUUUCUAAGAAGGAAAACCAAGUGGAAGGCAUGUAUUGUUUUAGUGGAUGUAGGUGUUUAAUGUAAAAAUUUUGAGUUGUUACAUUCUGAACAGUAUCUAUACACAACAGAUUGGGCCAUUGCUGCAUCCCUGCCCCAUAAUUUAAAAUUUGUUGAUUUCUAUUGGUAUUGUCAAUGAUUAUGUUCAUG